AUGAAUAUGCAAAUUUUGGGCUGCCAUUACCCAUCAAAGUUAGCAUCGCAAGUCCAGAAGCUGGGCAAGAACAUAGGAGACUCGUACAAGCAGCAGCGAGACGGUAAACUCUCUCGCUAUUUUGUCAAGGCAUCGGAUGCUGCAACCGCAAAGAUCCGUAGAACUGAUGCACCCACAUCCAGAUCAACAGUCGAAGAUGACCAUCCUGCUCCUGUUAACUAUGAUUCAUUGGGAAAUGAUUCCAAACAGAAUCUGAAGACCAAAAAACGGAAAAAACAGAACAGCGACAUGUGCCAAACAGAUCUUGAUGUGGUUCAAGUAGAGCAGAAAAUAAAAAAGAAGAAAAAGGCAAAAAUCCCAAUGUUAGAUCCUAAUUGUGAUGAAAAGCAGAGCCAGAAAAUCAUUGAAGAUGUGAAUAAGACCUCUAAGAAUGAUGUUCACAAUCCAGAACACAAAGAAAAGAAAAUGAAGAAAAACAAAUCCUCAUCAACUGAAUGCAAUGAAAAUGAUAUAGACUGUGUUGAAGUUGUUGCUCGACCAAAAGGACUUGUCAUUCCCUUGACUAAAAAGAGUAAAAAGACCAAGAAAUUAAAUACGGUCAAUGGUGAUUCUUUCAAUAUUCCAAGUACUGAGAUAAAUGAGCCUAUGGAGAGAAAAAGGAAAAGGAAAGCUAAGCUGGAAGAAGAGUUUGAGGAUCCCUCUAAAUCUGCUGUUGAAGUUGAAUCUCCAUCUCUGGAAAGUAAAAAGGUUAAAAAGAAGAAAAGGAAAUUGGAAAUUGAAAAGGAUGAACAUUAAUGUCUCCCAAAUAAUACAAAUGGAAAACAAAAUUUAUAUCACAGGAGAAUUCUGAAAUAACAUUAAAUCAGGAAUUUCCAAUCACAAUUCCACAGGAGGAGGAUAAAGUUCCCAUUUCCAUUCCUGAGGUAGAAAACCCUGAAUUGAAACAUGUUUUGGCAGGUCAGCCAUUAUACAAGUUCUUUAGAAGACGGGAACGAGCUGCAUCCUUGCUUU